GCGUACGAUGGAGAAGCUGAUAUCAACCAUCAUCCUUUACUGGAUUUUUAUGUCGCUUUCUGUACGGCUGUGCUUUUUUGUCAACAAGUCUGCAGCCAUUACCUUUCUGCGAUGUCACUCACGCUUGAUCAUGUAUGGCCCGUGGUUGUUGUUUUAGUGCAAGACAUAUCAUGGUGAAUUCACACUCCAUGAAAGUUUAAAACAAUAUCUCAACGUGUUUUUAAGCCAUCGUGAAUAUUCGACGGAAAAAGGAAGACAUCGCCCCCUCGGUCCUGAAAAGUGGAGCCACAUCGGCUACAACCAGUGCAGCGGAAAACGCCAGUCUCCAAUCAACGUUGUAACGAACAGGGUCAUCAGAAAGCACUUCAAACCGAUCGAGUUUCGUCACUUUGACCAGAUUCCGAGGGAGAUGAACAUGACCAAUAACUACCACUCAGCACGGGCGACGCUGGAGUGGGACGAGAUCCCCCUGAUCGGCAGCGGCGGCCUGCCGGGAGAGUAUGAGGUCAUCAACUUCCACUUCCACUGGGGCAGGAAGGACUUCAAGGGCUCCGAGCACACUGUCGACGGUGAAAGCUACCCGCUGGAGAUGCACAUCGUGUGCCAGAACACCAAGUACCCGGAGCUGCAGGACGCGCUGCAACACCCGGACGGUCUGGCCGUCAUGGGCAUCAUGUUCGAGGUCAGUGAAGCCAACAACCGCGCCAUGAAAAGGCUGGAGCCGGCUCUGCGGCAGAUUGUGAAGGGUGGCGAUUCGGUGGCCGUCGAGGAGCCGCCCCGGCUGCUCGAGCUCAUGCCCUGGAACACCAACGACUUCUACCGCUACGACGGGUCGCUCACUACGCCAAACUGCAAUGAGGUCGUCACCUGGACAAUCUUUCUGGAGUCAGUCAAGAUCACUGAGAAGCAGCUGGAGCUGUUCCGGGCGCUGAAACGCAAUCCCGUGCCGAUCGGACGCAACUACCGACCGCCUCAGCACCGCUUCGGCCGCUCCGUGUUUCUCAGCAAGCCCGAGGAGGAGGACAGCGUCGUGUUCGGUGGCAUCACAGCCGAGCUGCGGAACGACGCCCGCCCACUGCGCGUGCCUCCGCUGCCGGCGCUGCUCGCCAUGCUCGUCAUCUGUCUGGUUGGCCGCUGAGAUCAGAGCGAAAUCAAGAGGCCUGAUCUCUGAGAUUAGGGCGGAGCUCAGCGGAUCUCAGAGAUCAGGCGGAGGAGUGUACCUGACGUCUGGGGUCAGGCGGCCUGCUCUCACCUAGGUCAGGUGGAGGUGCAGAUCUGAUCUGUGAGAUCAGCCGCCUGCCGUUGAGGUCAAGUGUAGACCACCUGUCCUCAUCGUUGUAUUGUGUGCGACCCAGUGCCAGCAGCACUGUGCGCCCCAAGAGGUCGGAGCAACGAGUAGCUGGUCACUCAACCCAGUAGGGAGCUGUUUUAGCAGGGAAGUAGGUGUACGUGUCGUGAGAUUUCUGGUGGGCGGGUUGGACUGGUGUAGAUCCUGCAAGGACUAGUUCGUCGGGCAUUGACCUGACGUAGAAUUCCAUGCAAAAGUAAUGCAUCGGUCACUCCCGUAAACGCGCCUGAAAUGCCGCCUCAGCUAUUCCCCUGUGAUAUAGGACUCGAAGUCCCUCUUGGAAGCUGAUCUGGUUUCCACCACUGACUCAUUGCCUCACACUUUCCGUGCAUUGUCACUAGUGCAAAGUUGGCUCCAGUUGCCUCCUGUCUUCUGUCGCAUUUGCUUCACGCUGAAAAUACUGCAGAGAUGUGGUUCACAGCUGCCUCGAAAGCAUCGAGUAAGCUGUGUCGGUGAAACCGUACUCACGAUUAAGUGCUGCAGCAGGAUGGCCGCCAGCUUCCCAGAUGUCAUCACCUCAGCAUCGAUAUUACUGUCACCCCUCGAUCUGGAUCUGGCUACAGAUGUGUUUCAGGGCAAUGCUAAAAUGAAUAAGUUAUUCGAGAGAUGAACGAAGUCCUCGCGUAUCAAUAAAUAGCGUUAUAUCUGG